AGACGUUCGGAGGAAAAAACAACGUACUGCUCACAACUAUUUUUUUAAUACAAAUGGAUUCAUGAACUGAUAUAUUUUUGCCUAUGAUACUGUAUAUUAAUCUCUGGCAUAAUCUCUUUUAAUUAUUAUUAAAUAACAAAUACAUUAUUGCGCUAUGCAUGUUGCUGUGCAGAGUUUCGAGCGCUUCAUAGACGAGGAUCCACAACUUUAUAAUUUUUUAUAAUUCGGGGAUUAAAUAAGGCGUUUAUACAAUGAAUUCUGUAGCCAGAUUCCGGUUAGAUUAUAGUACUUACGGGUUCUGGUAGUGCUCCUGAAUGGCUUGCUCCUGAUUUUCAGAAUUGUGUGGUGAAUAUAUACUUUUCGGGUCGGUGGAUCGUUUACGUCUCGUCUAACUUGAUCUAAGUAAAAAUAGACAACGGCAACGCCACCAACAUCGGCGCCAACUUCGCGCACCUGUCUCUACCUUGCCUACCCCCGGCCCCCUAACACAGCAGGCCGGCGGGACGGCCGGAGCUCGGAUGCAGGAACUCCGUCGGCCGUCUCCAGUCCAGAUACAGCCAAGAUGAUGAAACAUUAACAGCUAUGGCAUAUCUAGUGAAACCUGUAAAUUUUGUGAAAGCAAAGAAUCGUAAACCCAGUACUGUCCAGGCAACGGAAGCAGGAUUACAGCAGGAAGACAUACAAAGAAAGCAGGAAAAUGCCGGAAGUCAAGCAAGGGAAUUUUAUGAGAGUGUUAUUGCGGAACCUCCCCAAAUUCAGCGGACAAUAUCUGAUUGUAGUUUAGCGGAGGAUGGCGAUCAGCAUGUUCGAAAUAAAUCUGGAAAUGGGAAAACACUUGUAAGAUAUAGAUCAUCCAAAUCAAAGACAAAACUGCCUGAUUUUACCAGUUCAAAAUUUUCAGCACAUAAAUCAAGGGGUGAUGGAGGUCUUCAUCGGUUACUCAGGCUUUGCCAAGAGGGGAAUCUGAAGGAAAUUAAGAGAACUCUCAAAGAAUGUGAUAUCAAUUUAGAUUCUACAGAUAAUUUUGGUUGGAAUGCAUUGAUGUGUGCAGUAUAUAGUGGCCAUGUACCAGUGGUGAAAUACCUCGGCCUGAAGUAUCCCAAAGGACUGCAACAUCGGAAUAAACAAGGACAGACUGUUUUUGAGUUGGCUCAAAGAGCAGGGCAUGAUGAUGUCUUGGAAGUCCUUAACCAGAUGGAGAGCGAAGGCAGUUCUGUUCAUCAAACAAGGAACUAUGAGGGACCUUCUUCAAGCAAACAGCCUGUUUGGUGUGAGAAAUGUGAAUCAGACUUUAAGGAUGAGUUAAAGAUUCAUAAGCACUCCACGGCUCACUUGUUCAGCUGUGGACAUGGCCCUCGUCCUACCCACUACCACCUCCCGGAAUCCAAUCGCGGCUUUCAGAUGAUGCUCCAGGAUGGUUGGGACAAAGAGAAAGGACUAGGAAAGGAAGGUGAAGGACAUAAGUUUCCAGUUAAGACUAUCUUGAAGAGAGAUCGUCAAGGUUUAGGCUUAUCAGACAGUAGUGUGAAGCCCAGGAUUACUCAUUUUAAGCCUUUUGAUACCGAUGCGGUGAAGAGACAAAGGAAAGAAAAGAAGGAAGACAAAAAGAAAGAUGUCCCCCUUAAAGAUAACGAUAGAACCAGAUACCCGAAGAAGGACAGGCAUAAGGCUAUGGAAAUUGACUUUCGUAUGUCUUUUCAUUCACAACCUUAAGUAAAGUUUAUAUAUUAAAGUUUAUUUCAUGUCAGAUUGUGACAAACCUCUAGGCAUUUGCAAUUUUGCAGUAAUAAUAUACCUGAAGUAAAUUGUGUAUCCCUCAAUGUAACUUCUUGUAAUUUCCCUUUUUCACGACUCUAAUCCAACUUUCAAAAGCUCUGUCAAGCUGAUUAGCAUUUUCUCUGUUCAAUUGUCAAAGUCAUAUUGGUGGGUGUAAAGGCCUCUUGAACUUAAUGUACAAUUAAAUUCCUUUGGAAAGAUAAAUGUAAAAUUGAACUUAUAUCACAAAUAUUUGGUAAAAAAUUGAAUACAGAUCUUUAGGUAUUUGAAAGAAGAACUGCAUACAGAAGACAUUAAGAGAAUCAAGAGGAAAUAUGUCAAACUGAUUUGUUUCCUCUCCUUUCAUGAUCAAUGCACAUUUUUUUUUCUUGAUAAAACCUUAGUGUUUUCGUGGCUAAAAAUUAAAUCCUGAAACUGAAUCCCAAAAUAACCUGAAAUUCAGUGGCAUUUCAUGGAAUCUUCAAAUUUGUGUUUAAAAUAAACGUCAGACAAUGAGAAUGAUGCAGCAAGUCUGAAGUAGGCCUACUGACCAGGAAUCAAGACAUUUAAAACUUCCUUUGUCCAUGUAUGCACCUUUGGGAACAGGGAGGAUAUCAAUAAUGACAGCACAAAAUGUUUGAGCUACAAAAUGAGACGAACAAUUCCAUGAAUGUGACUAGUACUGACUACAUUGUGUACAUUUUACAACCAUAAUAUCCUGGAAUUCAGGUAAUUCUCGCAAUUGAAAAAAAAAUCUUUAUAUCAUAUAAAAAUGGAUUAUCAAAUAUGGAUGUUUUUAUGUCAAAGAAAAUAACCUUUUUGCAUCAUGUCCAUUUAUUCUUCUGCUUUCCUUCAUCACCGUCAUCUCCAUCUUCACCAUGGUCUUCAUCUUCUUCAUCUCUUUUCCUUUCUAAUUUCUCUGUUCUUUUUCUCUUUUUUUGUUGAGGGGCGAUUCUAGUUAUAUAAUGCUUUGGAAUAUCUCCUUUUCUUUCAUGAUAAAAUUUAUAUUAUAAGAUAUUUAUUGGAUACAUAAAUGUAAGUCAAAUCUCAAGGAAGAAUCAGAAAUUUGAUGGCAUACAUGUACUAGAGGUGAACCAUAUCUAUUUUAAUCCUAGUCUAAAUGAAUGGCUUUUUCAUUAUUAUUAAUAUUUACUAUGUGUAUGUCAGAAUAUAUAUUUUUAAUUAGUUCCUUUUGGAAUAAAGCACUGAAAAUAAUUGCCUUAUAGAAGAGAUGAUAAAUUUCCAAUUUUUUUAAAAUUCUCAACAGCUAAACGUCAGGAAAGAUGUAAAAUUGUACUCUGCUAGCAAUAUUGAUAUGUUUCCUGUUGAAUUUCAAUUUUUUUAAUAUUCUAAAUGUGCAGAAAUAGAAAUUCGACUAAGAUUUUAGUCCACAAUGAGGUAAAUCCAUGGAAAUUGAAAACAUGAAAAAUUCUUAUUAAUUGCUAGAUUUGAAAAACAUGUUAGCCUUGUCAAUUGUCAUAUAUGAUAAGAGAAAGGGAUAAUUAAAAAAGACUUCAUUUAGUAAUAACGAUAUAUAUCUACUUAUAGUGAUAUGUAGAUUUUGCUCCUUUUGAGAUAAAAUUCUACUUAUGAAUGAAGUAAUGAAUGUCAAGUACCAAGAAAAGAUACACGAGAAAAUGAUGCUAAAAAAAUAUUUAUUGAUAUCUUUGUAUUAUUAAAUAUCUUUCUUAAAAACAAUACCCCCAAAAAAUGUUUGAUUUGUUCACUGUCAGUGUAUUGGUGUAUUGCUUGCUUGCUUGAUUGAUUGUUUGAUGCAUUCAAGAAUUGCUUCCCAAAUUAAGAGAUCAAUUGUUGUAGUGAUUUUGCCUUUUUGGUAGUAGGUUUGAACAAAUAACUGAUGGUUGAUCGGUUUAUUGAUUUAUGGAUUAAUUGAUGAUUUCACUGAUUGAGCAGCAUAUUGAUUGAUUAAAUGACUGGCUGAGUGACUACUGGCUGACGGAGUGUUUAAUUCAUUAGGUAAUAUAUUGAGUGAUUGGUUAAAAGUAAUUGAGUGGUUUAUUCAUAGAUCGAUAUACAGAGAAAAUUACUGAUUAUUUGAUUGGUUGCAAAUUUGUCAAUGAUUGACUUGUUGGAUAUGUUAUUGAUUGAAUGAUGAUUGAUUUAUAUGUAUCUAUCAACUAUUUGAUUGGCUGAUUAAAAGAAUGAUUGAUUUAUUGA